GUAUACGGUCCUACUCGACGUCGUAUAAACCGGAGGCUACCGUUGUCUCAUCUCCGGGACGAGAGAACCAUCUGAUGAUGAGAAGAGCACACGAGUCUUUCCUACUCCAUUCCUAGUCACCUCCACUCCAGAAGCUCCUUUAAUCCCUCGAUCACCUGGCCGAAAACAAUGGAUAGAUUACUGAGCCACCUCGCCACGUGCCGCCUCCGCCCGCCACCUCCUCUGCACACGUGUCCCGGCGCCCAGCGAACCCCGCGCCUACUUAACCACCUCUCGCCGCGACCGCUUCCUCCUCGUUCCCGAUCACGCGCAGAUCGACUACUGAUCUCCCGUCAAAUCUCAAAAUCUCCGAUCGAGUUAACCAAUCAAUCGAAUCAAGAGUAAAGAGGAAAAGCAUCCGUCGUCCAUGGAUUCCACGGCCGCUGUCCAGGAUCAAGGCCUGACCCGCCGCGCCGGGAGAGACGCGGACACGGCGCCGGCGCCCAGCCGGGACCACCCGAGGAGCGGCAAGCAGAAGCUGGGCCGGGCGAAGCGCGGGCUGCGGUCGCUGGCCGCCGCCGUGACGCUCUCCGCGGCGCUCACGGCCGCCGCCUUCUACUACGCCUCGUCCGGGACGGGUGGGGCGUCGGUGGCGGUGGCGCGGGCCGGGUCGGUGGCGGCGGAGGCGGUGAUGGCGCUGGCGGCGUGGAUGGUGUGGGCCGAGGGCGGGCUCCACCGCCGGCCCGGUGCCACGCUGGCCCCGUUCGCGGCCCAGCUGCUCGCGGCGGCGGCGUGGCCCGCCCUGGCGCUGAAGGUCGGGUCCGGGUGGGCCGGGAUGGGCUGCUGCGGGGCCAUGGCCGCGGGUGCCGCCGCCUGUGUCCGUGGGUUCGGCGCCGUGAACCCCGUCGCCGGUGACCUCGCCAAGCCCUGCGUCGCUUGGGCCGUGCUCCUCGCCGUCAUCAACUACAAGAUGCUCUAGAUGAGACAGAGGGAGAUGCUUUUGACGACGGGUGUUGUGGUGUCAUGGACACGGACACGCGCUGCGUGUUCUUUCGGCGGGCUUGUGUAUCAGUGUAUGUAAACGUGGUUUCUCGUAUCACAAAUACUUUUGUUUUGUUAUAUACACUGUUUACGGUGUGAUAUGUACGUACAAAUAUAUGUGAUCGUGUUGUUUACGUAGUGCUGCUUU